AUGCUUUUGCGCCAAGGUCUUCCUUUUCGGGGUCAUGAUGAGACUGUGGAUUCUUUGAACAGGGGAAACUUUCUUGAAUUUCUUGAAUGGCAUUGCACUGAGAAAGAGAUAAAGAAAGGUCCUGGUAAUUGUCAACUUACAUCUCCAAAGGUGCAAAAAGAAUUGGUGAUUGAUAUUAUUUCUCAAGAUUGCUUUUCAGAGACAAACACUGAGCUGCUUACUUGCAUUGUCUUUCUUGAUCCCCGAAAUUCUUUUUCGGAUUUUAAUCAUGCAAAGCUUCUUCGAUUAACACAGUUUUAUCCAAAUGAUUUCUCGUUAAUGGAUCAAGAACUAUUGGGUACUCAGUUCAACAACUUCAUCUUUGAUGUCCGACGCGAUAAAAAUAUUUCAGAACUUAAGAAUAUAGGGGAGCUUGCAAUUAAAAUGGUGAAGACUCGUAGACAUACAGCUUAUCCUCUUGUUUAUCGAUUGAUUGAGUUAACUCUUGUUUUGCCUAUUGCGACAGCUACUGUUGAGAGAGUAUUCUCAGCAAUGAAAAUUGUGAAUUCUGAUUUGCCUAAUCAUAUGGGGGAUGAGUGGCUGAAUGAUAGUAUAAUGGUGUACAUCGAGAAGGCAAUAUUUGCGACUGUGGAUAACGAAUCAGUCUUGCAACGUUAUCAGCAUAUGCAAACUCGGAGGAUUCAGUUAUCAUCUAUUAGUUCUUCAAGUAAGGAUAUCACCACCAGCACAUAA